CUGCCCAUUGUCAACAACGUCAUAUUUGAGCCACUUAUUCGUCCUUUGUCGGUUAUGUUUAGCGCUUGAAUAUAUUUAAGAUGAGUAGCGUUAAAUCAUUAUUUUUGGCAUAAGCUUAUUUAGUUUUCACUUAGUUUUAACAUGUUAAAUGUUUACAACGAAUGUUCUUUGGCAGUAUAGCGGCAUUUCUCAUAUGACUCCAGAUGGUGGCAGUGUUACACCGAGCAUGCCGAGAUGAAUAACACAAGGAAGAGACGUCCUGCUUUCUGGUCCUGAGUUCAAAUGUACAAGCGGGACAAAUAGCUAAAGCUAUCUAUCUAGGCUCUGUAGUCUGUAAAACUCCAAUAACAUGGAAUUUGACGAGAGCCUCUUAAUCCAACGUACAAACGCUGCAAAGCUAGCUACAGGGGAAGAACACAAGCAGCGGAUGACUCUCCACUGUCAGCAAUGCAACACCGUCCUGGGGGACUCCCUCGGCGUCUGUGGGGAGAUCACAUGUAUGGACGCUAUCGUGUGUAUUAGAGUAACCGAUGAUGUGGUCAUCAGUGAUGCAAUGGAGUCAGGACGUAAAGAUGCAAUGGCUAAUUGCAUCUACAGCUCUCUAAUAUGCCGCGGCUGCCGCUGUGCUGUGGGGAGAAUCGUUCACUCUGCCCCGUCGCGUUUGGCCACUGUUCGCUCCAUGUUCCUCCUCUACAAAGCAAACAUCAGUUGUUACAUCCUUAACUGCUGCUCAAUGGUGAAGGCAUCCACACUUACAUUUGAUCUGAAGCCCCUCAGUGAAAGCAUGAAUAAGGUGAGGCAGCAGUUUGAAGCGCAGUUGGAUCAGAUGUCACGCAUUAAGAGCAGACUGGCUGACAGAAGUGGGACCAGUGAAUUUGUCUAGUAGCACGAACAUGCAAUCUCCACUGUACCUAGUCCUGGGAUUAGGGAUAUGUGUUCUCUCGUAUACUUGUUUGGGUUGUAACUUCAGUGUUUCCAUUCAACUUUUUUUUUUUGAUGAUGCAGGAAUUGCUUUCAACGUCAUUCAUUAGUUAUGAUAUUAUAUGAUUUUUUUUUUUUUUAUUGAAUUAAAUCCAUUUUGGGUUUACAUUUACACCAACAUAUUUUGGACGGACAUACAUUUUUCUUCAAAUAAGACGUGAAGCUAUUCGAUGAAAAGAAACAUUUGUGCAGUUUGGAGCUGUAACCAUUUACAUUGUGUACCUUUUUAGUUUUUGGGAAAAUGUCCUAUCUACACAGAGAUCUCAAAACGACUAAGCUAAAUGUAUAUAUGGCACCAUUACCAUUAGUAUCUUUAUAGAUACCCUGACACAUAGUCAGAACCGCAAGGCCAUGAAAACGGAGCUAAACCAUAUGUAAAAAACUGUCUGAUAAUAAGCUAAAACGUACAAGAACUAUCGUAUCCCUUGUAUCUUAGGCCUCCUGCACACUGGCUGCGUGGCGUGAGCGAGGCGUUUCUGUUGCGUGUCAAUUAUUUUUAUUUAUAUC